AUAACCACAAAUCCAUUGUUUUGGUUUUCAUCGCGGAGUGUCUCAUUGCUUUUUCCCAAAAUUGUAACAAUUGUGAGGCUCCAAGAUGUCAUUUGGGCAGUUCAUGAAAAAGAAUAUAGUCCUGGUAGUGAUGGUACCUUCAAUCUUUGGGAUCCACUACUUAUGGUCGAGUAUUCAGAAUGUCGAUAGUUUGGUGAAAGAGCACGAGAGAGGAGAGCUCCCCAUCGUUAUCGGAGCCAAGAAGUUAUAUAAUCAGUACUUCCCUAAGCCGGCUGAUCCCAAACAAGAGGACAGAUGAAGCCCCGGAUGAAGCAUUUUGUGUACAGAAUUGAAAUAAGUGUGAUAGGA